AUGGUCUUCAAUCGUAAGCGCGGGGUCCAGGAGGAGAUCACGCCGUACGUAGUCGGAUACGAUGCGGAGACGACUGGAGUCGAGUCCCUCAAUACCCUGAAAUACUGGGAGCAACAGCACAAGCUCGACCCGAAUUUGCCGCUGGAAGACCUGGAUGAGAUCGAUGGCGUCCUGGCCGAGGGGAACUGCGAGAAAGGCGCCGAGGUGGAGGCUGCGCUGCUCGAGGAUAACAGUCCCUAUCCCGAAGUCCGCGCAACAGUAAGAAACUAUGAUGUCGACCUACCAGCAAACACCAUCCGCGCUUGGGUCAUUGGUCUGGUAUUAUGUACUCUUGGAUCAGCCGUCAAUAUGUUGUUUAGCUUGAGGAAUCCGAGCGUCGUUAUCACCACGUGGAUCAUACAACUGAUCGCCUAUCCCAUAGGCCGCGGGUGGGAUUUGAUCUUCCCCGACAAGCAAUUCGAGGUGUUCGGACUCAAAUUCAACUUCAGACCGGGCAGGUUCAACUUCAAAGAGCAUGUGGUGAUCGUCUGCAUGUCAAACGCAGCAUACGGCGGUGGAGUCUUGUAUGCGACCGACGUCUUACUGGCUCAGCAGAUCUACUAUGGCCAACAUUUCGGCUGGGCUUUCCAGCUUUUGUUGGGCAUCACGACGCUUUGCACCGGAUAUGGCUUGGCAGGACUUGCGCGCCGCUUCCUUGUAUGGCCGGCCGCCAUGAUCUGGCCUUCGGACCUUGUGAAUGCUUCACUCUUCUAUACGCUCCAUGAUCAUUCGCCCUCGGAUCCUGAAAGGACCAACGGUUGGAGCAUCGGGCGCUACAAAUACUUCCUCAUCGUCUUUUGUGGAGCCUUUGUACUGUACUGGUUCCCCGGCUGGAUCUUCCAGGGCCUUUCCUACUUCACCUUCGUCUGUUGGGCAGCGCCGGACAACAUCGUCAUCAACAAAAUCUUCGGGGGCUUACAUGGAUACGGCAUCAUCCCGACGACCCUCGACUGGAGCAUCGUCUCUGGCUACUUUGGGUCUCCUCUCAUCCCGCCUUUUUAUGCCCUCGCCAACACGGUGGCCGGGGUCAUCGUAUUCUUCAUCUUCAUAUCCAUGGGGAUACAUUUCUCGGGGUACUGGUACUCGGACUACUUCGUCGUGCAAUCCUCGAACGCGUUCGAUAACACAGGAGAGGUGUACGACGUCACACGCAUUUUGAACGAGAACCUCAUGUUCGAUGAAGAAAAGUACAAGGCCUACUCGCCUCUGUUCCUAAGCACUCAGUUUGCUCUAGCAUAUGGGCUGGCUUUUGCUGCUGUUGCAGCUGUCAUCGUGCAUGUGAUCCUCUACCAUGGCAGGGAAAUCAAGGAGCAAUUCAAGAUGGCGAGACAUCAAGAGGACGAUGUUCACAUGAGGCUUAUGAAAAAGUAUCGUGACGCGGAGGACUGGUGGUACGCCGCAUUGUUCGUCAUCAUGCUUGGCCUCUCCUUUGCCGUGUGCUGUGCAUGGCCCACCGGGUUCCCAUGGUGGGCCUACAUUGUGUGCAUCCUGAUCCCGAUGAUCUGGACAAUCCCCAUCGGUAUCAUCCAGGCAGUGACAAACAUACAGCUGGGCCUCAACGUCCUGACCGAAUACAUCGUGGGCUACAUGCUCCCCGGCCGGCCGAUCGCGAUGAUGAUGUUCAAGAACUACGGAUACCUCGCCAUGUCCCAGGCUCUCUACUUCGCGCAGGAUCUGAAACUAGGCCACUACAUGAAGGUUCCGCCCCGGGUCAUGUUCUGGUCGCAGCUGGUAGCCUCCAUCUGGUCCGCCGUCGUCCAGAUCGCCGUGAUGAACUGGGCGCUGGGGACGAUCCCGCAGAUCUGCACCGACGACCAGCCGAACAGCUUCACGUGCCCGGGCGGCAAGGUCUACUUCACGGCGUCGAUCAUCUGGGGCGCCAUCGGGCCGGCGCGCAUGUUCAGCGGCGAGGCCCUCUACUCGAGCCUGCAGUGGUUCUGGAUCGUGGGCGCGGUGGCGCCCGUCGUGACCUGGUUCCUGGCGCGGCGCAGCCCGCGGUCCGUCUUCCGCUACUUCAACAUGCCGCUGUUCUUCGGCGGCUCGGGCUUCAUCCCGCCGGCCACGACGUACGGCUACCUGUGCUGGGGCCUCUACGGCAUGAUCUUCAACUACUUCAUCAAGCGCCGGUGGACGGGCUGGUGGAUGCACUACAACUACAUCACGUCGGCGGCGCUGGACUGCGGCCUGAUCGUGGCCACCGUCAUCAUCUUCUUCACGCUGUACCUCACCAAGGUCACGCCGCCGCAGUGGUUCGGCAACUACGAUGUCUUCGACACCUGGGACCAGAGGGGUCUGGCGAUCAAGACGUUCGUGGCGCAGGGGGAGACCUUUGGGCCCAAGACGUGGCCUUGA